AUGUGGCAAAGGGUCGUGGGCGAGGAGUCGGGCAGCCCCAGAACUGAAGCUUCGGCCCUUCGCAGGCAGAGCAGGGCGGAAGGCUGCGAGCUGAGCUCCCCGAAGCGGCAGCGGCGGCGGCGGCGAGGCUCCGUCUCCGGCCCCUUCACUCCGCGCCUUCUGCAGCCGCCACUGCAGCCGCGCGGCGGGGGCUCCCUCCCCGCAGCCAGCCGGUGGCCCCAGGUAAGGGACGGGGUGCGGCUGCAGGCUCCGGGCGGGCCGCCGGGGGCCCGGGACGCCCGCGGGCAGGACGGCUCCCGCGGCCUGCGCAGGCCCCCCUGGUGGGAGCCACGACCCCCACCCUGCCCAGCCCCGGCUCGCGCGCCUCCUCUCCGCUCCGCACUGCAACAGUUAGCAGCUGCCUCCGGAGAACGGCCGGGGGGCUCUGCUGGGUGCCGCGCCCCCCACCUCUGGUGCCCGGGAAGAGCCUCGAGCUGGGGCCGGGAAGGCUGGAGAGAAGCCUGGUGCCUUGGGAAAGGAAAAGGGCGCGCGGACUCGCGUUCCAGGCGGGGCCGGAGAGGAUCUCCUGCGCGCCGCUCGCCUCCCGGCCGGCUCGCUCGCCCGCCCGCGGUGGCCCCCUCGGCCCUUGGCUCGCGCGUCAUCCUCUCCCGCACCAGGGAGUAG